GCCUCCUGACAGGGGAGCUGCCCCACGGCGUGUAGAGCUCACAUGAAGCCGGCGGGAGGACGAACUCCGCGGCGUCCAGAAACUUGCCUGAGGUCGCUGCCAGUGUCCGGGGGCGCAGGAUCCGGAGAGCCCUCAGCACUGCCCCCGCCGCCAUGCCCUUCACACACAGUUAGUGGAUACAGUGUUACAGUAACCUGCUGUACAUUAUGGGAGACAAUACUACGAGCCUGCGUCUGCAGAUUUCUACAUGGUCCCUCAAACCUGAGAAGGGUAUGUCCACUGAGCCUCGAGGAGAAGCCUGCAGAGAAGAGAACUUUUAAAAAGCUCAAGAAGAAGAAUCCGCAGAAACAAGAUCACAAUGAGCAACGAUGGGAUACCAGAGAAGAAGCAACCUUAACUUUGGGAUAUGAGUUCCUUCAAUUCAAUAUGAGGAGGAUAAGAUGAUCUGAUAUCAAACCAACGUCCUGUUUGAGUCGAAAGAAGACGUCAUGUCACCUGCUAAAGGAACCGGUGUCUUGGCUCUUUUCCAAAGUGCCAUGAUAGUGACUGCACUGAUAGACUCUGAUGAUGUCAUCACCCGAGAUGAGCAGAUCUAUGUUCUGAUUGGUGCGCACGCCCGGUGCGAGAGGAACAUCCAGGCACAGGCGGCUCUGGUUAAAGAAGGUGACUGUGUCCCCGAGUGGGACGGGAUCAUCUGCUGGCCGCGGAGCAGAGCGGGUCAGCUGGUGUCAGUGCUGUGUCCAGAGUACAUCUACGACUUCAACCACGGAGGACGAGCCUACCGCCAGUGUGACGCGUCAGGAAACUGGGAGCAGGUCCCCAGCAUCAACCGCACUUGGGCUAACUACAGCGAGUGCACCACGUACCUGACCUCCAACCACAGGAUUCAAGAGGAGAAGGUGUUUGAGAGACUCCACCUCAUGUACACUGUCGGAUACUCCAUUUCUCUUGCAUCACUGUUGGUGGCCGUCUCCAUCCUCUGCUAUUUCAAACGGCUCCACUGCACACGCAAUUACAUCCACAUUCACCUCUUCACCUCCUUCAUAUGUCGGGCAGUCAGCAUUUUCGUGAAGGACACCGUGCUCUACUCCAUAUCUGAAGACAGAGAGGCGGAGUUCAAUGCAUCGAAACCCCCUAUGGCCGGCUGUAAAGCUGCAGUCACUCUCUUUCUUUAUUUCCUGGCGACCAAUCAUUACUGGAUCCUGGUGGAGGGGUUGUAUCUUCAUAGCCUCAUCUUCAUGGCCUUCCUCUCUGAUAAGAACUACUUGUGGGCCCUCACCAUCAUCGGCUGGGGUGUUCCAGCUGUGUUUGUGUCGGUCUGGGUCAGUGCUCGAGCAUCGCUGGCAGACACACAAUGUUGGGACCUCAGUGCAGGCAACCUGAAGUGGAUCUAUCAAGUUCCCAUUCUGGCAGCCAUUGUUGUGAAUUUCCUCCUCUUCGUCAAUAUAAUACGUGUACUGGCCUCUAAACUGUGGGAAACAAACACUGGUAAAUUGGACCCUCGGCAGCAGUAUCGGAAGCUGCUGAAGUCCACAUUAGUCCUCAUGCCGUUGUUUGGAGUUCACUACAUGGUGUUCAUGGCUCUUCCCUACACUGAGGUCACCGGGCUGCUGUGGCAGGUGCAAAUGCAUUAUGAGAUGUUCUUCAAUUCAUCCCAGGGCUUUUUUGUGGCAUUCAUCUACUGUUUCUGCAACGGAGAGGUGCAGGCGGAGGUAAAGAAGGCGUGGUUAAGACGCAGCCUCGCGCUGGACCUCAAGCAGAAAGCCAAGAUGACCAGCAGCGGGGGCAGCUGUUACUAUGGCGGCAUGAUCUCCCACACCACCACACACAGUGUCAGCCUGUCUGCUGCCAACCCCAGAGCUCUGACCUCAUGCGGAGCUGCCGGCGGAGGGUCAGGGGUCAGGCUGCCCCGCCACGGCUCUCUCCACCCGCAGAGCAGCCUGCCUGGAUACGUGCCCGGUGAUGCUGAGACCCCCGGCCCCCAGCAGGAGCUGGCAGUGAGAAAACCAGCGGGGACGGAGACUGGGGUUUUUGCCAGGCACACCAGAGCCAGCAAGGACAAUCAUGACAGCAAAACUCAUGGAGCACCUCUAUCCCAAACCCAAGGAGCAGAAGAUCCAGACAGUGGCUUAUCUCUGAAAGAGCUGGAGACCAUCCUGUGAAUGUUUUCAGUAUUUGAGAGAUGAGCAUAAGCAAAGAAUUAAACUGAAGGCGAAAUAUUCUGUCUUCAAACGUCAUUUUUACAAACCUCUUUGGUGUUGUUAUCAGAGACUGAGGACCUGAGGUUAUUUUGUCAUCCUUCUCCUUGUCAAGAAAAAACGUUUCCCUUUUUAACAAGAAAGCAUUGAUGAGGAGUCCUUGGAGGGCUCAGAAAAAUGGACGUCUACAAUUCCCUGACAGCUGUUUGCUCAUGAACUGCUUUCAAAAAAGCUUGUGAUGUGCUUAACACAAUGUGAACUGAAGGUCUUUACUCAUAGCGUACAAAAUCAGGUCUUGCACACAACUGAAGGACCUGUUGUGAAUCUAUUUAAUAACAUUUUGCUGUAAAAGAGCUGAACGUAUAUUUAUAUGCUUUUAAAUGUUGUCAACAGAGCUAGAUAAUCUGUGAAGAUGUGACGCUGCAGUGAAUGUAGAAAAGUCAAAGGCGGGACCUGGAUGUUUACACAGGAAGACUUUUUGUGAUAUUUCUCCCUCCUCACAUCUUUCCAGUGAUGUAUUUUCCAGGCCAGGCUGGCUGACCCCAGUUCAAACUGCACUUGGUGUGUGUGUGUGUGUGUGUGUGUGUGUGUGUGUGUGUGUGUGUGUGUGUGUGUGUGUGUGUGUGUGUGUGUGUGUGUGUGUGUGUGUGUGUGUGUGUGUGUGUGUGUGUGUGUGUGAGUGUGUGUGUGAGUGAGUGAGUGAGUGUGUGUGUGUGUGUGUGUGUGUGUGUGUGUGAGACAGAGAGAGAGACAGUGAGUGAGUAUGAAAACUAUGUCUAUAAAUCUGCUGUAGUAAUCUUACUUUUUCCCCAAAAAUGUCUCUUGUUUAUCAAGAUAAUCUUCACAAAUGAACACCCCUUUUUGAAGCAUAAGCGUAACCGCCAGAAGUAAACUGCUAACAUUAGGCCAUAAAUUAAAAACACCACGGUCCCAUGACUUUUACAUCCCAAAUUGUAGGUAUUUACUGAAAUAUUUGAUGUCUUGGACCAAAACAUUAAAAUAUCUGAAGCUUGUGUUAACCACAGACCUUUUUCAGGCAUCUAACUGAAAACGCAACACACAAAAAACCUUAAAUGGUAACUCUUUUCCACAUUUUAACACUAAUCACUGCAGAACUCCGUACGAUUAUCAGUCAGCAGUGUCCAGACAGCAUGUUCAGACAACGGCUGUCUCUCUGCGCUUCUGGUGUUGUUGUCAAUAUUGUAAAUACAGCCAUAUUUAUCAGCCAGACCGGACCCUAAGUGCUGGAACAAACCUUCUGCCCCUCACAGGCAAAAACCCAAACCCCUUCCUCCGUGUAACCUCUGCCCCGAUCCCCCUCACAACACCGUACAGAAUUUCACACUCUGUCCUCAGGAUUUGACUCGGAGCAGCAGGAACCUGAGCUCUUUGUAGACCUCGAGCAUGUGUGAAAAAAUCUGCAGCACAAGGUAAAGACACAGGAAAUUGAGCCUGUAAAUAUUUUAGGGCCGGUUAUAAAAUAGAGAAAGAUAUCAAAUGUAAGAUUAUUUAGGUGUUUUUU